AUGGAAGAGCUAGCGGAAGAGAGAUCAGAACUGCUUACUGUCGAAUCAGAAGACGUGACAGGCUCGUUGGUGGAGCUGAUCGUCGUUGUCAACGUAGUAAGUGAGUCGCUGCUUGAAGCAGACGUCGUAAUGUCACUCGAGAUAUCGCUGCUCGAAGAGCUUUCCGUCACAAGCGACUCGCUGCUUGAAGUGGACGUCGUAACAUCACUCGAAGCUGGGCUGCUUGAAGAGGACGUCACAACGUCACUUGAGGUGAGGCUGCUUGAAGAGCUCUCCGCGAUCCCGUUGUCGGAAGUAGAUGCACUGGAUGAGGUUCCGAUGUUGAUUGGAUCGAUUAUGACUUCAGUGGAGAUGGCGCUUGAUGUAGUUAUCAGCUCGCUGCUACUGGACGAAGACAACUCUGUCGAGCUUGCGGAUUCCGAUGUGGUCGAACUCUCUGUCGUAGAUGUGGUCAUCGGUGUUAUGUCACUCGUAAAUGAGGAUGUCGUUGAAGCCUCAGUGGAGAACGGUGUUGUCGAAGCCUCGGUAGAUGACGGUGUUGCUGAAGAUGUAUCCUCCGUGGAAGCAGAGCUUGUCGAAGCCUCGGUAGUCGACAGGGACGUCGAAGCCUCGAAAUCAGAUGUUGUUGUUGAGGAUAUGUCCUCGGUGGACGACGAUGUUGUCGAAGCCUCGACAGUAGACAACUUGGUUGAAGAUGUAUCCUCGGUGGAAGACGAGCUCGUUGAAGCCUCGGUUGACGACGAUGUUAUUGACGAUGUAUCAUCGAUGAAGGAGAAGCUCGUCGCAGUCUCGCUCAUGGAGCUUGAAGUCGUGAUAUCUACCGCGAUCGAGCUUAUGCUAGAGUCUGCGGUGGUGGACAUGGUCGAGGAUGAGACGGAGCUGCUACAAGUCGGCGUAAAAGUGGUCGUUGUUGAAGUUACGGGCAGGCAUGAACAUGCGCUUGUGAUGGAUGGCCCGGGUGCUUGGUUCAUUUGUCGCUUGUCAAGGUGA